AUGGUACUGGACCUGGACGCAUGCAUAGAAUCUCUCUUCCAACGGCAACUCCUGGCCGAGUCGGUGAUCAAGGAGAUCUGUGAGAAGACCAAGGAGCUGCUCAUGUCCGAGAGCGAUUAUGUGGAUCGGGGAUUGUACAGUGUCGAAACCAUCUCGAUCUUGACGUGUCUGAAACUACGCUACCCAGACAGAGUCCAACUCGUCCGUGGCAACCAUGAGUCGCGCGCCGUUACUUCUACAUACGGGUUCUACACGGAGUGUAUGAAAAAAUACGGGACAUCGGAUGUCUGGCAUUACUUUACGGAUCUUUUUGACUACUUGACUCUGUCUGUUGUCAUUGACAACAUGAUCUUUUGUGUCCAUGGAGGGUUGUCGCCGUCCAUUCACACGAUAGACCAAAUCAAGGUCAUUGACCGAUUCAAAGAAAUUCCGCAUGAGGGACCUAUGGCAGAUUUGGUAUGGUCAGACCCAGAUCCAGGACGGGAAGAAUUUGCAGUGUCGCCUAGAGGAGCGGGAUACACGUUUGGAAGCAUGGUGGUCGAAAAGUUCUUGCAUGAAAACAGGAUGGACCAUAUUCUAAGGGCACAUCAACUCUGUAUGGAGGGGUUCCAGGUCCUGUUCGAUGAUCAACUCUCAACAGUCUGGUCGGCGCCCAACUAUUGCUACCGAUGCGGGAACCUAGCGUCCAUUCUAGAGAUUGGUGUCGAGGGCGAGCGACACUUUAAUGUCUUUGAGGCCGCACCAGAGAACGAGAGGCCUACUUCUGCAGAAACUCAACGGGCAUUGUUCUCGAAUGGUGUGCCGACGGGCUUGUUUAGUAACGCUGGUGGGUCUAAUGGUGCUGGAGUUGGAGGCGGUAGCGGCGCGAACGGCGCGAUGACGUUUGCGGGAGUUGUUAGUGGUUCUAACGGUAGCAUCGAUCCAGUUCAGGAUACCAUCCACUACUUUCUGUAG